UGCUGUCGGAGCAGUCUCGGAUCAGCCGGCUGGAGAGACAGGCCCAAGACUUCCUCAAUGCUGUGUUCCACAGAAAAGACCUCCCAAGUUUCUCAGAACCUCACAUUCCUCUAGUGGCUCGUGAGAUCAUGCAGCGAAUGAUCCGCCAGUUUGCUGCCGAAUAUACCUCAAAAACUACUCAGGACGACUCUCCCCUGCCCAACGGCAACAUGAAGGACCAAAGCCUGCCGAGAGCGGCGUCUCUGGUCGCGGCCCCGUCCACGGCUGCUGCCUCUGCACAGAACCCCGUCCUCAGCAAGCUGCUCAUGGCCGACCAGGACGGCCCGCUGGACCUCUCCGUCAAAAAGAACGAGGCCGACCCAGAGCCCAGCCAACAGGACGGCGUCCUGGACCUCUCCACCAAGAAGAACCACAGCGCAGGAAACCUCAAAACCUUCCCCAGCCUCUCCCCUGAGCCCGGGGUCAAAGGACGUUCCAUCAAAGUGGAGCAUCCCCUGCAGGAGGUGGAUGAGGAUGGCCUGCUGCAGAGAAGCUUGCAGGAUGGACUGAGGGAGAACUAUGUCAACUCCAACUCCUUCAAGCCGCCAAUGGCCCGCUCGCUGCGCAUCAAGGAAGAGCUCCUCAGCCAGAAGCAUCGCCUCCUGAGCCAGCCUGCUGCUCUCUCAUUGGCUAACUUAGAGUCAGCCGGCUUGCUCAAUCAUGCGCAGUCCUACUCCUUGCUCGGCCAAAAGGGCUCUUCCUCUUUCUGGGGAAGCAAGGCCCACCUUGAGAGCCUGAUGAAGCUAAAGCAGGCCAGCGGAGCUCUGAGCGGGGCCCUCAGUGACCUCAAAGACCUCCCGACAUUCCUGGAGAAUCACCACAACCACCACGGAGCCUUCUCCUUCAAAAGUUCCCUCCACCAUCACCACCACAAUCAGGUCUCCAAGGCCCAACACCACCACAACGAGGGCAAGAGGGACCAGGGCCACUCGCCUCCCGUCGACCUAAAGAUACCCCAGGUUCGGGGCAUGGAUCUGUCCUGGGACUCCCAUGCAUCUGAUCUCUACGGCUACGGUGCCAUGGGGGUCGGAGGCGGUGGCCACGGGGAGAACACCCUGAGCCGGAAGCUGAGAGCCAUCCUGCCCAAGCAGAACCGCCGAGGAGGAAGCCUCGGGAGCCUGCUGGACGGGGCGGCCGACUACUGGAACUCCGACUUGGACCACUCAAGUUCUGGGCCGGCAUACUCCACCUCCGACGUGGAAGGGGACCCGAACUCCAAGCAGCCGAGGAAGAAGAGGGGCCGCUAUCGCCAGUACAACUCGGAGAUCUUGGAGGAGGCCAUAACGGUCGUGAUGAGCGGAAAGAUGAGUGUCUCCAAGGCUCAGAACAUGUAUGGGAUCCCGCACAGCACCCUGGAGUACAAGGUCAAGGAGCGCAUGGGAACCCUGAAGAACCCCCCAAAGAAGAAGCUCAAGCUGAUGAUGAAGAUGGAAGCAGGAGGCCAGGAUUUUCCUCUCGCAGAGUCGGAGAACACGCCCACCGCAACUCCACGAGAUGACGGCCCGCCGCUGGCAGCUGCCGAUCUCAAGGACAAUGUAAAAGAAGAGAUUGAUGACAAUUUCAAACCAAUCGACUAAAAAACGACUCACACAUGUAAACCUCAGUCAAAUGACUUAAGUGAUUUGAAAAAAAACCGGAUGGGGCUUUAUUUGUGCCAAUUUACUUUGCAGUAUCUGGGUGAGCACAAACGCAGGGAUAAUAUGAGGAGGAUUCUUAAAUACAAACUGGAGAUAAACAAACUAAUCGGAUGUUUUUUAACAAGCGGCGUUUCAGCGACGCCAUACAAGCAUUUGUUGGCUUUUAUAUCCAGGGGCUUAACAAAUGCAGGUAAAGACAAUUAAUGAAAUUUCCAUAAGCAUGCUGAUAAUCCCCAGUCCAAAAAAAACUCCCAAUCCCCCUCUUUCUGAACUUGAUACACUGAACCAUUGCUGCUUCUAAAUGCAGUUUGGGCUUCGGACUAUUCCAAUUUGGGGGGAAAAAUGAGGGGACAAAAUUAACUCCUUAAAAAAAAAACUGAUAAAUUAAGUCCCUUUACUGCUCCCCUCUCUCAUGGAGUACUAGCUGACAAAUUGGUAAGUGAACUGUCUACUACAUUUGAAGCCAACUGUAAGGUUUAAUCAUCCCAUUGAUAUUCCUCACCAGGGGUUCUGAAUCAAAACCCAUUCUCUUAUUGCCAGGUAGCCAUGACGCUUUAACCCGCAAAACCUUUUAUUUCCUCCUUUAAGAUAUUCUGCUAAUCUCUGUGCGGACGAAAGCAACAUUAACCAGUCCUUUUUGAAUGAGAAAAGACACACAAAAGUCAUUCAGGGAUGCAUGUUUGUGAGUUUUCGUGGACACUACUGACUUCUAUAAUCGACUUAUUUUUUCCUCGAUCUUUUAUCUUUUUCAUUUAUUUUUGCUUUCUUUUGCACUACACUUUGGGUCUGGCGCUUACAGACCUGGUUACCUCGGCAUUGUUGCCCUCGCAUCAUGCACUUAUUAUGGUCUGUCUCUGAAGCCCAGUCGCAACCUUGUAACUAAACGGGUCGGAGGUGCACGUCGCCUGGUGUACGCUGAUCCAUAAUCAGAUCCUGGGAAACUCUAAAAAACCCUCUUUUUUUCUUCUUUUUUUUUGCCAAGAGACAAGUUGAGGGCUAAUCUGAUUAUGGAUCAGCUGUUUUUAAGGCGGAUUGCUACCUCAUGGACCUCCAUCAGUGUCUCGCGGCUGAUCCUGGAACAGCCUUCAGUCGCCUUCCCAAACGGUGACCAUCUCAAGCUCACGAAGGCUUUUUUUAGGAUCAGAAUGUGAAACUCUGCUGCUAUCCACUUGAUUAUCUAGCUCCUACACAUGGCUUUAGCUAGCUGAAGCUGAUCAGUUUUAGCUAAUACAUUGCUGAUGUUUUUUUUUUCCUUUUUCUAAUCAAACUAAGCAGAAGUUGUUUAGCUGUAAAAGAAAAUUUUCUCCCUCAAACCUCAAAGACAGUUUUAACAGCAGUUUACUACAACAAUGUGCAUUUAUAGAGGGGGGGUAGAGUGGAGUGGGAGGUCAUUUUGGGAUGGCGGGUGGGCAAUAUGCAGUGGGGAGGGUUUAGUUCAUAGAAGCGAGGGAAAAGCAGAUUUAAUAUAUUAUAAAUUAUUAUGACUGAUGAUGUAAAAGCCAAUCCGUGAUUCUGGAUGAUGAUGAUUCUUUUCUCCUCAUUUUUAACUCAGGGUAACUGAGACAGAUGAUGUGGGUUUCAAAUAUGGUCAUUUCCUGUUGGACCUAUAGCAGACAGACAGACAGGGGGACAGGACACUCCUCUCACUAACGCUCUGUCUGUGGGAGGAGCCAUAUGAGUAAAUGUGGCCGCGCCACAGCAGGUAGACCUGCCACUGAAUCAUGACAAAGAACUGAAAAACACAUGGCGCUGGGUUUUGGGAUCAAACUAAUGGCGCUAAAACUUCUAAAAAAUAGCACUUUUUUAAAAAAAGUAAGCGAAAAACACAAGAGUGAAAGAAAGCUGUUUGAGGUUAUGCACGUAGUGUGGCCCUUCUCUGGGGGAUAUGUGGGGCAGGGAGCGAACAGGAGGGCAGAGACGCAAGAAAAAAGCUUUAGUGUGUGAAGACUUACAGAAAGCUGCAGCUCGGACCCAAACUACUCUUUUGUUUUCCUCUCGAUUACCUCCAUGAUUAAAAACAAAAAAAGAAGAAAAAAAAGGUUGACAGCUUGAACAAGUUGAGUUUUGUGUAGUGUCGUCUCGUUGUUUUCCCUCCCCUCGCCGCUGAAGCACCAGGGAUAGAGGUGGGGAAAGAAUAUCCCUCAGAGGACACAGGUGGACAGAAAAAAAAUUUGCUCUUUAGGUAUUUUUCCAUCAGGGAAAAGAUUGAAGAAAAUGACAAAAGCUUUUUUUGGUCGUCAUGUUUUUUGUGCUUUGUGGUAAAUGUUGCUCUUCGCUCCUAACACUGCCUGGUGCUCACCCAGUCUGUGAGACUUUUAACAUAAUAAUUGUACCUCUCUGUUCAGAUGAAAUGAUGAUGAUUCACUCCUUUUGAAAUGUAUUGUACAUUUUUAUUUAUUUGAUUUGGUUUUUUUUCUUUGAUUAUUCUCUGAAAAAAAUGGCAUGCACCACAUUUUCUUUGUGGCUGAUUUUGGGGGUGGAGCCAAUUGAAUAUAUAUACUAAGUUAUCUAAUUAUUAUAAUAAUUGACUACCUGUUGCUUACAAACUUUUAUUCUUCAUUCAUAGCUAUAUUGGCUUGAUUGGCAGUGAUGCUAGCCAAUAGGAAAAGCUCUAUAAAAGACCCCUUGGACAACAAUAUUUCCAGUGGGGGCCAUCAUGCAUGAAAUGCGUCCAACACUUUGACAAUGCCGAGCAUUAAAGUGUCUAAAAGGGUAGUUUUGCGCGUUGAAUUGGACCCAGCGAAGGACAAUGCUCUGAUCUCAUAGUGAAAACAGGAUCGAAGCCCCGAUGUUGACACUAAAGCACUUGUUAUGAACAUGCCUCUGGCAGACAGAGUGCCACCUCAGAUCAAACGCCUGUUUCAUGUCAUGCAUGUAAAGCAUGGAUUGGUAAACUAAUAUGCUGUGUAAUUGACCAUUCGCAAAGCCCCUCCCCCAAUCAUACCUUAGCAACCGUUACUAAGAGAAGAAGGUCCGACAAGCUUUGAGCUCUGAGUAACAAGGUGAAACAGUCUGACACCAGCUACCCUAAGAGUUUAGCAGAAGGAGUCGUUUUUCCCCUUUUCCAAAACUAAAAAAACAAGAGGAGUGCUGCUGGCUGUGGAUUAAACACUUUGGGAGACACCACUCCAACGUAAUAUCUCCAAGAUCAAAAGACACACAAAUGUCUCGUCCAAGUUAAGCUGCUAGCUAGCAAACAUGAGCUAACUAACAAUUGCUAUAAAGCUAUGUUACAUGAGAUAACCCAAACAAGAUUUAACAGUUAUUGUCCUGUGAACUAGUAUUCUUUCCACUACUAGUGCAGAACUAGUUCAACAAAUUAUGUUAAUGAAACAAUGUGUAAAAUGAGCACGCUAAGCUAGCUAGCAAUGUUGCUAGGAGCUUAACAUAAUACAGGGCGGUACAGUGCCAAUAGCUAGCGUCACUGAAUCACACACCGGCCGGCUAUUGGCUAACAUUUUAUCAAAAUUUCACAUUAUACUACUAAUAUAAGUGACCAUGUUAUGUUUCCAAUUAAUGAAGUGGUGUGAAACUAGAGUCUAAUCUGAUCUUUCAAACCGUAUAGCGCUUUAACGAUGUACGCUAGCCUCGGGUUUACCUGAGUCGGCAAAAGGAUGCUAACGGCGGUGAAUAAGCCUGUAAUGUAUAUAUCAAUGUUGACCAUAACGUCUCAACAGGCCAUUAUGAACUUAUUUUAUUUCAAUCUUUAUAGCAAUUUGUGAAUGGACAGCCUAACUCCUGGAGGUAUUACUCCAAAAACACUCGCUAAAACAGCGCACCUUUUUAUGGAAACUUUUAUGGGGACUACAGAGAUAACAUUUUACUUAGUAAUUAAAUAACUAGAUAAAGAGAGCAGCCACGUAUUCUCUUUUUGUUUAUAACUGCUGCCUUACAUGUCACCAGAUAAACCGGUCACCAGAUAAACCGUAACACUGGUCCGCUCCACGGCUGUUGACGGUCCUGGGAGCUUUUCGGGCAUAGCAACGGUGACUAAGGGGGCGGAGCUUUUGCAAACGGUCAGUUGGCACCUGAUGCACAGGUUUACAUGGAAAAAGUCCAACAGCACUUAGACCGAAUUCCCCUGAGAGGGGCCAGACUAUCUCUGUGUAUCAAUCUCUAAAUUCUCUCUUAAAAUUCCCAAACCCUUUUGCUAUAAAUUUGCCAAUUCUUUCUAAAAAAAAAUUGAGGUAAAUUAAAAGUCCCAUCUUCAGCCUGCUCUUAUCUGCUGAGGUGCAUGCCAUUUAAUAUUUAUUUAUUUCAGUUCAUUUGGUUUUUCUUUGGGUUUUUUAUUUUUCUUAUUACAAAUUGUUUGUAGUCAUGUGGUUAACGGCUCCCCCUGUCCGAAAAAGUCCUCCUUCUUGCAACUGAGUCUCACUGCUGUUUAAAAAAAAAAGAACCUCAUACUAUAUUAUAUACUUAAGAGAACAGUAUAUAUCUAUUUAUUUACAUAUAUAUAAACAGAUACUUACAUAAUGAAUGUAGUGAACUGAAAUGAAUAUCUCAAAAACUUACAGAAACCAGAACAGUCAUCUGCAACAAAAAAAACAACAAAAUAAGAUGGCGCUGUCAGUUCAUUUUUUAACAGACUGUUGUUUUAAUUUUUUUUUUUGCUUUUAGUUUCACUUUACGCUGCUUGCAUUGGAAACGCAGCCGUUUUCCGACGCGGGCGUGCGACAGUAGCCUUCAGUACUGUAAAUGUCUCAGGAUCGAGCCAACAGGAUGGGCAGCAAUAUUUGUCAGUCGGAAAAUGGCGCAGACUUAACUACCUGUACUAGAUGUAAUUUAUAAACGUAUAUUACAUAUAAAAACUAUAUGUCGACUUGGUCAGCAGAGGCCGAGUGCUAUACCUCAAUCUCAGAAUAAUGACUCCUUUCCGUGCCUCGUACUUUUAUGUAUACCUUACCUGGGAGCCUGGCGAAGGGAUAGCCGAUACUCUGGGAAUAUAGUAUCCUCCGCUGUUUCUUUUCUUUUAUUAUUAUCUGUUUCUUUUCUUUGUUUCGCCUCCCUCUUUGCGAAGGGGAGGAGGGAGACGCUUCAAGUGUCUGACUGACCAAUAUUCGCCACCCUACCUCUUUUCAGGUAUUUUUUUUUUCUUUUUUGCAACAACAAAAACGUAUUAGGAGUACAUAAUGAGCGACAGAUUGAGACCCACAGGGGCUGUAGAGCUGUUCAUGUUGGGGUUGGUGUGGGAGGGCUGCAAAACCUCUCAAUUCUUACUCUAAAAGUCAAAACAUUUUGGGAUUCAGUCGUCUGGUUUCACCCUGGAGGCGAUCAGUCAGCUCGGCCCCACCCCGGUCUGAGAAAGAACAAUUGUUCACCUAGGAUUUCUUUUUUUCUUUUUAUGGUUUAUUGUGCAUUUUAGGUGAAACAUAACUCCAGGUUGAAACUCGACAGGGGGAUUUUUGCUUUUUUAUUUUAUUUCUCACACCCAGAGAAAUCAGAGACCCGGAGGGGAGAUUGUGGGACAGGUGGACAAGUUAACCUUCCUUUAUCUGCUGUCUUGUAAAAGAAAAAUAUAUCGAAAAUCUUUUACACUGCAUUCCAAAUGAAAAAGAAACACACUCCACACACACACACACACACACACAGGAAAAUGUACCUUUAUACGAUGAAAUGAAAAAAAGCUAUAGACUUAAAAUAUAUGUAUUUAUUUUACUGUUUUUUGCAUCUUCAGGCGAGUUUCUCUUUUGCUUUUCAGGUUGGUUUUUAUUUCAUUUUGAUUUUUUUUCUUCUGAGUGAAAGACUGUCAAAAAAUCGUGAUAAAAGAAGAAAAAAAAUGUCGAACAGCAACUACUGUAACCUCACUUCGUAGACGCCACAUGACGUGCCAUUUUGCUUCAGGAUGGCGUGUGAUGCUGCGGCCUACCAGGAAAGAAAGACCCAUAAUGUAUAUGAUUGCCAUGCUCCUCUCUCUGCCGAGAGGUUUCUUCUGUUUCUGUUUCUGUCACGCUGCAUAUCUGGUUGUCAUUUAUACCUCAGGUCCGACCACUUCAAAGCAGCUGAUUGUACAUUAGAAACACACACACAAAGAAGAAUCAGGAUUUUUAGUACAGCUCGUUUCCAGAUUUUUCGAUCUGAAGGAAGCAGUUUUUGAAUAAUUGUUGUUUCUUGUUGUCGUUCGUACUGUUGUUAUUCUGAUGGCAUCUCCCUUUCCUUUCUUUG